UCUUGAUUUCUUGCCUCGUCGCCCUUUUGGGCGUUCUCCAACACGCCUCCUUCGACAUCCUCUCCUCUCUGGCUCACCUCCGUCACCCGUCUAUAUCCUCGUUCAACGUGGCCUUCUUACAACUCACUGGCUUGGACAUGCGCCUGACCUUGGAUGCAUCUACGGAAGCAUUCCUGGGCGACGGCUUCGCAGUCCUUCCUCCUGACCACCUCAACCUCGCUCGUCCCAACCUCGAUGCGUUCUUUGCCCCGUCGAUCGAGAUGUCCAACAACACCCACUCGACACUAGAAUACCGAAGCAAGCAUGUAUACUUCUUCUGGCGCACCCUCUUUGGCGCCGCCGUCUUGGUCACCAUGCCCGUCUUCGUCACUAUCAUCUGCAAGGGCAUACGCAUGUCGAGGGACAGCGCUCGCGAGAAGAAAGCCGCUGAACAACAACGCCAGAGGAUCCGCGCGCAGGUGCGCCAAGCGGCGCAAUACGCGCUGUGCAGGACGGAUUCCCCCUUCAGUGCCGCCAGGGAGGAACGCUUCCGGACCUCGAUCGCGCACCUGUUCUCCCCCGCGUCGAUCGAGGACCUCAUCUGGGAAUGUGCUCCUCAACCCCCGGUUACGUACGUACCUUCGACCCCAUCCGCCUCGACCCCGGUGGUGUUUGUUGAGACUGGCGCGGCCGUCGAACACCUUCGUGUGUCCGACUACAACCGCAGCCGGUCGACGCAACCCACCAAAGUCGAGGUAGAUGUCGCCGAGGAGCGUCACGGGUCCACCACUAUGGAGGAGUGCCUUCCGGUGGAGGCUCUUUUCAACGCGGUCAUCGACGACCCCGUCGAGAGCACAUUCCAGGACCCCGACACCACGCACAACGCCAACGUCACACUUACCCCUCUCUCUGUGGCGAAGGAGUUCCCCUGCACAACCACUACUCUCGACCCUACCACAACCGAACCCCACGCCGCGGCCGACGAGGAGCCCCCUCUGCCUGACUUCCGCGAGGGCCAACGUCGACUCCGAGCCUUCCUCCUCAAAGAAGGCUACUAUCUCUCCCCCGCCAGGCCCAGCGCAAACCUCCACCAACGCGAUCACGCCGGGAAUAAAUGCACCCCCGGCGUACCAUCCCGCAAUUCACCCACAUUCACAAGCCCGACACCCACAGCCCACAACAACACCGAGCAGGACUGGGGCUCCGACUCAGAGGACUUCGACCUCUCUUUCGAACUUCUCAAGCCCACUCUACCCGCUGCAAAGGCCGCCUUCAAGGUCCUCGACGCGCCCGCCCAGCAACACAGCUCCCCGCUCGACACCAGCCACCCCGAACUCGUGCACAGCACCUCAGGAUUCGCCUUCGAUACCACGGGGAUCACCUCAUCCACCCCGGCGCGCGAUCGCAUCCUGGACCGCCGCAACCGGAUCCACACCCCCACGGAGACCACGCGUUCGGACGGAGACCGUACGGAGAAUGUAGGCAUCGCUUCGCCGGAGUGGAACUCCCAAGACACCACCCCCAGCUUCACCCGCAGGCGAGCCCCGCAACCCAGCUCCUCGCUCGACACCAGCCAUCUCGCAUCCGGAUCCGCACGCACCACCUCACGGCUCAAAUUCGAAACCACCGAGCUCAUCGCAUCCAGCCCGGCGCGCGACCGGAUGAUAGCUCUCCUCAGCCGGUUCCCCACCCCCGCGAAGUCAACACGGCUGGACAAGGGCAAGGGACGCGCCGUCGAAGAGGCCCCUCCCAGCCCCAAGGACGCACGAGCCCAGACACCCUCCGACGCGCUUCCCGACAGCGAUCCCUUUCCCUCACGCACCCGGCUCAUCGAACUCAUCAACCGCGCUAAGGCACAGCAGAGUAUGAGAAGCGGGGGCGUCGUUGGAAAGUCGCUGGCUGUAGGAGAAGGAUAG